AGAUCGUACGCGUUCGGCGAUCGUUCCUCAGUACAUGCGUCAACUUUCUUCCGUACAGUUCGUUGUGCGCAUGCGCGAACUAUGUCAAACGUCUCUCCGUGAUUUUCACUAUUCUUCAUAACCUCAUCGCUCACCUCCAUAAAUAUUUUCUCUCUUACGUUCAUCUAAUUAAAUAACAUUAAAAAUGCCGAAGGAAUAUACAUUAUUAGAAAUGUGCGGAAUAGCUUUUAUAGCAUCGUUAAUAUUGUUCGUGCUUAAUCGUAUAUUCCAAUUAAUUUAUUUGUGUUAUCUGGGCCCACCGAUGAAGCAAGUGGAUUUCCCAUCAAAGGGACAAUGGGCAGUGGUUACCGGAUGUACUGAUGGUAUUGGAAAGCAAUACGCUCAUGAGCUGGCAAGCCGCGGCUGCGACAUCGUGCUGAUCAGCCGUUCCAUGGAAAAACUAGAGAUGACUGCCGACGAACUGGCUAAAUACGGCGUAACAACAAAGAUCAUACAAGCUGAUUUCACCGAGGGCGACGAAAUCUAUAACAAAAUUGAAAAAGAGCUUGCGGAUCUCGAGAUUGGUACUCUGGUUAACAAUGUGGGCGUGUCCUACACUUACCCGGAAUUUUUCCUCGAAAUACCCGAUCGGAAUAAAACAGUGGAUAACAUACUGAAGACCAACUGCCUGCCGGUGACACGUAUGACCAGUAUCGUAAUGCCGGGGAUGAAGAAGCGAGGAAAGGGUGUGAUCGUUAACAUCGGUUCCGCAUCAUCCAUGAUACCGAGUCCCCUGCUCACAGUUUACGCUGCUUCUAAGGCUUACGUUGACAAGUUCACCGAGGGUAUAAAUAUGGAGUAUAGCAAACAUGGUAUCAUUGUUCAAUGCGUGUUGCCCGGUUUCGUCUGCUCGAAUAUGUCCGGCAUUCGUCGUAGCUCUUUCUUUGCACCAACCGCUAAACAAUUUGUCCGUUCCGCAAUCAGACUGGUGGGGACGACAAGCAGAACCACUGGAUAUUUACCACACGCUUUGUUCGUGAAGACACUAAACGCCAUUUACUCGCUCACGGGUCCCUUCGCGAUCUGGCUCGUUACUCGAUCUAUGGAAAACAGUCGAAGAAAAGCGUUGAAGAAGAAAGGAAAAUUGGAAGUUUCAAAUGCUUGACGUGUGAAAUUUUGAAACGGUCCACUAGCUUUAAACAAAUAAGGAAAAA